AUGACUUUGACCUACGCAGCAUUUGUUGGCGAUGGAAGCGAAUGCAACAAGACGGAGACACGGCGACUACUUCAGGAUCAGCCAGAAUUCGCACGCGCCGUGGCUCAGGCGCAACUCCGGCUUGGGAUGAUUAAAGAGCACACAGCGUCGGCUCCUGGUCCUGCUAAUGGCAUCGGCGUGUCGAACGAUUUAAUGGAAAAACUGGACCCGGAGCAGCAAGAACUGCUGGAGCAGGUGCAGAACUUAGCACCUGAAAUUAUCCAAUCCCUCCCACCGGCGGAGCGGCGGCAGAUCAUGGAGCUUCGAGAAGCAAUGGGACUUCCGCCACUAUAG